AUAAACGAGGCCAUGAAAAACAAUCCCCUCAGCAACAAUAUGACCAAAAAAUAAUUGUAAAAUACCACAGAGCACCUUCUUAGCCUCCCUUUUCCAUGGCUUUCACAGCCGCUCCUCAGGCUUCACACACUUUCUUACUUGGGAGCCCAACAACAACAGCAGCAACAAGAAGAGGAGCAAGAAGAGCAACAACUAGAAAAGCAACAACCCAUGUCAGAUUACACGUGUCAGCAUCACAAGGGCCAAGCAAAUCUGAGAGGGCCCCACCAGGAGUUGAUACAAGAAUCCAUUGGGAGAAUGAGGAUGAAGGUUGGAUUGGAGGAAGCAGUGCAACUAGCAGCAGCAAAGCACAGCAGGCACAAGCAGAGCAAGAGCAGCAGAGCAAUCUCUUGGAAGACAAGUUUGCUGAUUUGCUGAAUGACUCAAUUUCUGAUUCUCAUUACCAGUUCUUAGGAGUAUCAGCAGAGGCUGAUCUAGAAGAAAUCAAAGCUGCUUACCGAAGACUAUCCAAAGAGUACCAUCCAGACACCACUUCUCUUCCCCUAAAGACUGCAUCCGACAAGUUCGUGAGGCUAAGAGAAAUUUAUAACGUGUUGAGCAACGAAGAGACCCGUAGAUUUUACAACUGGACACUUGCUCAAGAGGCUGCAAGCCGCCAAGCAGAAAUAAUGAGAAUGAAGUUGGAGGAUCCUUAUGUGAAAGAAGUAGAGAAGUACAAACCUGUGCCGGAUAUGGUUGAUCGUCUAGGUGGAAGGAACAUGGCGCUGGGCGAUCAAGCAAUGACUGCUCUCACCAUUGAUGUUUUCAUUAUCAUUUUUGCUAUUUGUUGUAUCAUAUUUGUGAUCUUCUUCAAAGAGCCAUAUUACUAGAUAGCUUGAUAAAUAGCUUAGAAACAUAGCUUAUGGCUAUAGUAACUGAUACAAGUACACAUUAUUAUUCAAGAAAAGUGCACAUUAAUCUAUUCUCAUAGAAAA